AUGCCUCCAGCGCUGUCGGAGAGUGAGAGCGGGAGCCCUGAGAUUGAGGCCCAGGUUACACUCGAAGCGAACAACGGCCGACCACCUAGAUCGAGUAACGGCCAUACAAAGAAAAUGUCGCAGAACGUUAGUGACGAGGAAGAUGAGAUCUUGGCUGUAACAGCUGAAGAUAAGGAAGAGGAGGAGGAAGACGAGGAUGAGGAGGCUGAGGAGGACGUAUUCGUCGUGGAAUCCAUUAAGAAUCACAUGUUUGAUGAAGACGGCGAGAUCCGCUUCCAAGUUAAAUGGGAAGGCUACAACCGCCCGAGCGACAUGACUUGGGAACCCGAAGAGAAUCUUGUAACUGCGACUGAAAUAGUAGAGGACUACUACAACCAAAUAGGCGGCCGCGAGUUCGUCAACGAUGAAGCCGCGAGGGAACUUGAGAAGGUCAAAACUGCCCCGCCCCGUAAGCGUGGGCGCGCACCCUCUGGCAGCGCAGCGGCGCCGAAGGGAAAGAGGGGUAAGGUAGAGAAGGUGGAGAAGCACCCGAAGGACACUACACCACCGGCGUCAUUGGACUUUAAGGUGCCGACUGGGAACUGGGAGCACGAGGCCACUGCGAUCGAGCAGGUUGAGGAGCAGGAUGAUGGAUCACUGCAGGUGCAUAUUGUUUGGAAGGGAGGGCAAAGAACGGCCCACCCAGUUGAAAGGGCUUACAAGCACUGUCCACAGAAGAUGCUGAGAUUCUACGAGCAGCACAUAGUCUUCGGGAAAGGAGGCGGCAAAAAGUUAAUGAACAAGACGGUUAUCGACAAGUAA